CCGGCAUAUGAAUUAAUCAAAGAUAUGAUUGUGUAUGAUCCAUCUAAGAGGUAUUCAGCUGAUCGAUUAUUACGAAAGUCAUACUUUUAUGAAAUUAAGAAUACUGACUAUGAAUGCAAAAUAAUAGAGUUUGAAAAAUGUCUAAGAAAUAAAGCAAUAAAUAACUUAUCCAAGAUAGAUCAAAAUUCGAAUGCAUCAAUAAACAGACAGUCUUCGAUAAUUAAAAAGCAAGGUCCUGGUGGAGAUCGUUUCCAAAUUUUGCAGACACAUUCAGUAAAUGCUGAAACCUUUGAUAGAUUAUCUGCAGAAAUAAAUCAAAAUAUUGAUCAAUCUAAAUUGGAUAAAAGGAAGUCGAAUUUGCAUAAAAUAUUAUGUUCAAAGACCAAUUUACAAAAUUCUAUGAUCAUCCCAGAACCUGAAAAUAUCCGCAUUGAAAAUCGAAAACAAAAUAUACGUAGUAUAACAUGUUCAAAGGACAAUACAAAAGAUAUUUCACCGUCAAAACAAAUGUUGACAACCUCAGUAUCGGCGUUAAACAAAAGUUCAGUAAUAAGAAAUGUUAGAAAUAAAUGUGUCAACCGCCCACCGUUCAAAUGA